UGACUUCCGUAAUAAACAAGGCGACGCUAGCCAUCUUUACGAGUUAACUCGUAAGCCACAUUUUUUUCUGAUUAUUUAUGUUCCUUAUUAACCUUAUAUAUUUAUUCGAAUUYACUUAAAGCUACUUCACCAAGCUUAAGAAUUUAACACUGGAAGCUGUGUUGACUAAUCAAUUAUCAGGGAUUUUGUGGUAAUCAUGCUAAUUAGCAUUGGUAGCACGUACGUUAGCUCUUGAGUGUCAUGACGGCAUUUCUCCUUAUUUUAGCCAAACUUCAAAAACAGUUGUCUUUGACUAAGUUGUAAUAACGGAAUUAUUUUCUAAAUCUGGAUAAARCUUGAGCCGAGGCUAGUCCUAAUGGCAGCUUUAGGUUUCAUUCCUGCCACAAAGCAAGAUGCUUUUAGUAUUCGACCAGAUCAUUCUAGGUCUAAAGUUAGUUGUAGUCUUAGUGGAGAAGAGGCCAAGCAGUUCUAUGAAGGUUUGAUGAAAGACAGCAGCGCGCAAGGUGAAUCAAGGACCAGUAAUAAAGUUAAAGGCAGAGUGCGUCGGGUCCGAGAAAGACAAAGAAGAGUCCGAGCUGUACAARAACAUCAGCAGACUCAAACUGAGCCUGUGGUGCAAAGAGGAAGUUCUGGUGAAAAUGAUGGCAACCAAAGCAGAGAGGUGACCCUGUCAGAAAGGACCAUGGAGCUGCUGGGUCUCAGGUUGCUGCGUUGUGCUCAUGAGGGGGACAUCUCUGGUGUCAAAGAGCUUCUCUCUAAAGGGGUCGACAUAAACUUCCAGGAUACAUUUCUUUGGACAGCUGUGAUGUGUGCCAGCUGGUCAGGACAAAGAGCUGUGGUCAGGCUGUUACUGAGUCACGGUGCAGCCUGGGUUGGAGUGGUGGAUACACAAGGCAGGGACGCCCAGGACCUGGCGUUGGGAGCGGGCCACAAAGAAGUGUUGGAGGAGUUAUUGAACUACGGCAGGAGUCCACGAGCAGAGGAGCCAUCCGAWAGCAGUGCUCUCCAGCCUCAGUGGUGCGACGUGUGUCGUAACGAGUACAGGGGCAGCCACUCAGCGCAUCUCUCCUCCACUCUGCAUCAGUUCAGUUUGCGGCGCCCUCCACCCACCCCUUACUACUGCCUCCCCCCCUCCAGCAACAGCUACAAGAUGAUGGUUCGUUGCGGCUGGAAACCAGGCGAAGGACUGGGGCCAGAGGGAGAGGGCUCYAAACAACCAGUGGCUACAGUGUUAAAGAGAGACUACAAAGGUCUGGGAUUCGGACAGACGAAACGAGCUAAAGUCACUCACUUCAAUGCUGGGGAUCGUGACGCUGUAAAACUACAUCAGGCGGAGAAAGACAGGAGGGAGCAGAAAGGACAGAGAAAGGAAAAAGCAAAGCGACAAGAACAAAAWGAUAAGAACUGGGAAAGAGAUUUUCGUGCUUCAUUUUACUUGUAACGACUGCUCACAGCCUUAAUGUCUGAAAACAUCUGUGAAACAUUCAAAAGACUGAGCGUAAAGAAAGUUGUUACGGUCAUUGUUGUUCUUUCUUGACCUGAAGUGACACUCGACACACAUCACUGGUUUCUGAAUCCACUCUACCAAAGUCUACAGGUGGUGCAAUAAUGUGUCAAAUUUUCUUUUAUCUUUAUGGGGAUCAUGCCUACCCACAGGCUUUUACUGCUGACUGAACGUUUCUGAAUAAAACAUAUUAGAUUGUUGUAUUUAGUUAAAAAAGCACUAAAUGUUUACACAGAUGCUAAAUGUAAAAAAUAUUUUGGUCUUAAGCAACAAAGAUAUGUUUUAAUAAAAACAUGGAUUUAUUCCAAGAAAAAAA